AUAAGGAGGAGAGUUAGAAAGUGAAAGUAAAAUGACAGCGCAGACCACUCGACUGAAAAGCACGCAGCAGUCAGAGCUUUAUUCACUGUCCUUCUCACGUCUGACUGAUCAGAGAAACAAACCUGCAACCUGCUGGACUCUGGAGACGUUCCUUCUGAAGUGUAAACGCUAAUGGUCACAGCGGCAGCAUGACAUGGCGAUGCCUGAACCACCUGCUUCUCCUGGUGUCUCUGACCUUGAUCCACCCAUCAGAGGAGGGUUGUAAUGAGAAUUUCGAUACUGAGAACUGGUCCACACCGACAAGCGCACCUGAACCAGUCGCACUCAUUAGAACCAACAGUUCCAGGGACAUCAUGGAAUGUUCUCUGGAGAGAAUGUGCACAGAAAAACACCACAUUGGAGAACCCCCAAAAGUGUGUUACAUUCUAACUCAUUGCUUCGGGAGACCAAGUGUUUCACAGAAAAGUGAAAAGUGUAAAGGAGAACCUUAUACAAGAAUAAAGAUGCUUCACUUCAUGUGCUGGUUGGCCAAAGCAGCAAAUAUCGAACCCACUCCUGAUUAUUGCUGUGACUACGGAAAUUUAUGCCACAUCUAUUCGGAGAUGUCAUUCCCUCCACGCACUGAUCAAACAACAUUGCCACCAACAACAAAUGCAACAACAACACCGCCAGAAUCAACAACAAUAACAACAACAACAGCCAUGUUGCCACCGACAACAACAACACCGCCAGAAUCAACAAUAACAACAACAUCAACAACCACACUGCAAACAGCUACGACAAAAACAGCAACAAAAGUCCCACCGAUUCCAACUGGCAACAACAGUGGUCAAACGUCUAUGAGGAAAAGCAGCCAAGAAACAGAGAACUUGACCCUGAAGAUCGUACUGGUGCUUUCUCUGAUAAUGAAUUUUGCCGGUCCACUGCUGAUUUACCUGUACAUGCGCCGUCGGACAGGACUGAUGAUGCAGCAGAAUGGGGUGAAUGAAGCCUGGUCUCAGGCAGAUACAGAGUCACAGUCAAACACAAAUCUGGCAAAUACAACCGGAAAUGAGGAGGCCUUUUUAAUGCAGCCGCCGAGUAGCAGUUCACAGGCAUGACUUCAGCCGUGAAUGAGAACAACCUAUUUCUGCAUGCCUCUGUAUAUUCUUCACGCGUCACAGCUGCGGGAUGUAGCAGUAUUAAUGCCUCAGGGUCAGCCCACGUUGAGAAGCAUCAACUGUAAGGCAAAGUUUCUCUUCAGAUGGGAGGGGAAGUUAGAGUUAACGUGCAGCGGCAUGAAAGUUCGCUCAGCCACACCGCCGUCCCAGCAAGUCCAAAGAAAAGACAGUUUCACAAGGACUCCCUGAAAAAAGUCCACUGGGUUUCUCCUCUGGGUGGAAUUUAAAAGAAUGUUGUUUUCUUCAGCGCCGGUUGGAACUGACGCUGAGCAAACAGAAACCCGCUGGGAUGGUUGAAGCAGGGAUGUUGGUGUUUUAAUGAGGGAGAAAAGAAAGAAAGGGAGAGCAGCAGGACAAAAACAUUUUUUAACAUAUGAUGUCUAACCAUGACAACAUUUGUAAAAUGUGUUAGCAUGAAGGCCUAAGGAGAACUCCUGCUGGGGUUAUGUUGCUAUUUGCAGCAUUAAAAGCCAAUGCAAUGCGACAUGCAGGCCAUACCGGCAUCUGGGAUUCUUUAUAGAGUAUAAAUGUGCAUGCAGUGCUUUGUGUUACCUCACUUCACAUAGGAAUAAAAAAACACUGAUAACAUCAGCUCAGCCAUUAGCAUCUAGCAUCACCUCCUCUGUCUUCUUAACUUCUUAACUCCCAAUCUACUCCAGCUGUCCAAAUUCAACAUAUAAAGCAUAGAUAUACAAAAUAACAGUGUAUGUUGGUUGCUUGGGUUAUAUUUUAUUCUAUUUUUUGUCGUGUGCUCUGAGGUUUACUGUAUUGAAAAGUUAACGGUGCAUCAGUGAAAUGAAAUCUUAAUAUUUGUGUUCUCAAAUGCACCUUUGGUUCAACCAGACAGAGCCUUUUUUUGUUUUGUUUUUUUACUGUAUUUAGUGAGGUAACCAGCAUGCUAGUGCCACCUCUACUGCAAAAAUGUGAUCAAAAAUAGCUGUGAGUGAGUUUUCUGGAUAAGUUCUCCCCCAGCAGGCUUCAGACAUAGAACUCCUACUGUCCUUCUGUUGAAUUCUGUACAAAGAAUAAUACUCUUAUGUGUGUCGUGUAGGUGUUGGACAUCUACAGGGUAGAACAAAUCAUUCACCAGUCACAGGUGGUGUCAGUAGAACUGGACCACACAUAAAUUACUGGGUCAAAGCUAAUCUUUAACGUGACUGGUCGGGUCUCUGCAGGCGCUCGUGGCGUUGCAGCUGCAGCAGGUUCUGUAGACUUCUGCCAGUGUUGGAAACUGAGCCAAUGAUCCUGUGGGCAGAUUUAAUGGAGACCUUCUGUAGUUGACAGACAGCUCAGGUGGUCGUGCACUGAAGCUGAUCCAUAAAGCUGGGAGAUGUUCCGCUGUUGGUUUGAAAAGUCUCAGCCGAUGGGAUGUAGCUUUUUUUGUUGUGCCCUUUAUGAUAUCUGGAAUAUUGUAGGCUCCCCUGCAGCCCCGCCCUGCUUGUCCUACAUUUACCCGAUGUACAUGUUUUCACACUCAUCCACCGUAUUUAUUGUGCUUUUAACAGACUGAAUAGGAGCGUGUGUGUCUGUGUGUGUGUCUGUGUGUGUGUGUGUGUGUGUGUGUGUGUGUGUGUGCUAGGAUUCAAACAUGCAGCUAGGAUCCAUGUCCUUGUUUUUAAACUCAGUCUUGUUAUUAUUUGUUUUUUGUAAAAGGAAAAUAAAUAUGUAAAAACAUGAA